AGGAUCGCGCGCGUCUUGGCUUUCCUUUGGCCUGGCUUCGGUUCGCCGCGGUCGUUGUCGGUCAUUUCUGAACUAUUCUUCGAUCGAGUGCCCGCCGCCGCCGCCGCCGCCGCCGCGCCGAUGACUUAGCGCGGUCUCCCUUUUCCACCUUUUUCGGUCUUUUGCUGUGUGAUUUUGAUCUUUGUUCCUCGGACGGAAAGCCAUAGCCGGCCGGCAGCCCUGGAUAUCUUUGAUCGACUGUUACCUUGCUUGAUCAUGACUCGGUUGUGACUAUAUCUCCAGAUCAAGGAGCAGGUCCAUAAUAGCUUCCAUGAAGAGCGGCCCUUUUAACAGAUGCAGUUACUGCAAUUUCUCCAACACUAUGAUACUUGUUGCAGUUAGGUCUGAUUUGGCCAAUCAGCUUACAAAACCUCUCAUCUUGGUGAACUGCACCCUUGGUUCAGUAUUUCAAGUAUAUUAGGGUAACACUUAAUGUCUAUGAUGAGAUCAGUAGAUUCAUCUACUGCCUAUGAUGAAUCUAGUCUUUAUAAUUGUAAAGGUGGCAGCGAAACUUCUGCUUUAUCUAUGCACAUAUUAGGUGCAGAUGAGCAGAUUUAUCAUUAUGGAGCGGCCUUAUAUCCUUCUGACUUUUGUCCCAAGCAAUACCUCACCGAUUCACCACCAGAAAUGGAUCAUGCUAAUCCACUUCACAUAUCAGGAUCCACCAUUCCAGGCCACUAUCUUCAAAUUCCUUCAGCUCGGUAUAAAUUAAUGGCUAAUAUAUCAGACAAUUCUUAUAAUCCUUACUUUGAGGAUCGCCAUGUUGAUUCCUUAUCAAACUUAAACAUUUCUCAUCAGAGUCUAGAGAACUUGAGUAUAGAGCAUGAUAUAGACUAUGGCGAUGAUGAAAUCAGAUUGAAGCUUCAAGAACUUGAGCAGGCACUACUAUAUGAUAAUGAGGAAUUGUUGGAUUCAGAUGAGUUCAUGGGAGUUGAAAGUGACUGGGCUGAGCCUAGCAAGAAUCUCUUACUUUCAAACUCGCCAAAAGAGUCAUUUUCAGAUUCUAGCAAUAGCAGUAUUUGCAGCAAUAGAGAACCACGGAGUCCUAAGCAGCUACUUUUUGACUGUGGUAAUGCAAUCUCUGAAGGCAGCAUAGAGGAAGCACAAGCCAUCAUAGCUGAACUUCGUCAAAUGGUUUCAAUUCAAGCGGAGCCUUCCCAAAGGCUUGCAGCCUAUAUGGUGGAAGCUCUUGCAGCAAGAAUAGCCUCUUCAGGACAAGGAAUUUAUAAGGCUCUAAAAUGUAAAGAACCCCCCACUUCUGAUCGGCUAUCAGCAAUGCAGAUUCUAUUUGAGAUCUGUCCAUGCUUUAAAUUUGGUUACAUGGCAGCCAAUCAUAUAAUUUUGGAAGCAUUUAGUGAUGAAGAAAAAGUUCAUAUCAUAGACUUUGACCUGACCCAAGGAGUCCAAUACAUUAACCUGAUACAAACACUGUCAACCUGGCCAAGAAAACCACCACAUGUAAGGGUCUCAGGGGUGGAUGAUCCUGAAUCGGUCCAACGGCCAGUUGGAGGUUUGCAAGUUAUUUGUCAGCGCCUAGAGAAGUUGGCAGAGGAGCUUGCUGUGCCAUUUGAAUUUCAUGUGGUUGCUGCUAAGACUGGUGAUGUAACACCUGAAAUGCUGGAUUGCCGACCUGGAGAAUCUCUUGUGGUUAAUUUUUCUUUUCAUCUUCAUCAUAUACCUGAUGAGAGUGUUUCAACUGUGAAUGAGAGAGAUCAACUUCUUCGAAUGGUGAAAGGACUGAGCCCAAAGCUAGUCACAAUUGUUGAGCAGAAUAUGAAUACUAAUACAACCCCGUUUUUCCCAAGGUUUGUUGAGGUUUACAAUUAUUAUUCAGCAGUUUUUGAUUCACUUGAUGCAACUCUUCCAAGGAAUAACACAGACAGAAUGAAUGUUGAGAGACAAUGUCUUGCUCGAGACAUUGUUAACAUUGUUGCUUGUGAAGGUGUGGACCGCAUAGAGAGGUAUGAGGUUGCUGGAAAGUGGAGAGCAAGAAUGACGAUGGCUGGGUUCGUUUCAUGUCCAUUCAGCAGCAAUGUCAAUGGAUCAAUACGAGCAUUGUUAAAAUCGUACCCCGACAGAUACAUAGUUAAGGAGGAGACUGGGAUGCUGCAUUUUGGCUGGGAAGACAAGCCUUUGGUUUUUGCCUCAGCAUGGAAAUAAAGUUUCUAUGUAGCCGUUACCAUGCUAAACAAUAUAUCUCAGGUUCACUCAGAAAAACUCAGCAUGGUUUUUGCCUCGGCAUGGAAUUAGUUGCUGUGGAAGAAGUUGCUUCUGAAGUUUUCUUCAGGGAGAACUACUCUAUUUAGCAAUAAGGUCGAAUUAAGAAAAGGUCAUAAACCAGAUUUCGUAUGCAAAUCUCGAUGGUUUCUUUCACUUUUACAUACUGCUUAGUUCAUGUUCCGUUGUAUAUUAAUUGCUCGGCUAGUUUUGUUUUUUAAGAUGUAAGAUACUCUUGAUUAGUACCAUAUUACUGGACUCAUGGAAAAGAAAAUCAAGUUCUGAUUGCCCAUUCUCCAUCA